GCCGUCCUUCUCCUCAUAACUUCUUAUUUAUUAGAUUUCUCUGUCCCUCGCCCUGUUAACACUAGCCUACUACUACUGUGGCUUUGUGGGGUUGGAAAAAGAUGGUUCGGUCUCCAUGCUGUGAGAAAGGGGGGCUCAAGAAAGGACCAUGGACACCUGAAGAGGAUCAGAAGCUCCUAGCUUACAUAGAAAAACAUGGCCAUGGAAGCUGGCAAUCCCUGCCGGCCAAAGCUGGGCUUCAGAGAUGUGGGAAAAGCUGUAGGCUUAGGUGGACUAACUAUCUCAGACCAGACAUCAAGAGAGGAAAGUUCAGUUUGCAGGAAGAACAGACCAUCAUUCAACUUCAUGCCCUUAUUGGAAACAAGUGGUCAGCUAUAGCAACUCACUUGCCCAAAAGAACCGAUAAUGAGAUCAAGAACUACUGGAACACUCAUCUUAAGAAAAGAUUAGACAAAAUGGGCAUAGAUCCGGUAACCCACAAACCAAAAGUUGACGCCUUUGGCUCCGGCCAAUCCAAGGAUGCUGCCCAUUUAAGCCACAUGGCUCAGUGGGAGAGUGCUCGCCUAGAAGCUGAAGCAAGAUUGGUCCGUGAGUCCAAACUAACAUCAAAACCUCUCGAAAACCAAUUCGGCUUCUCAUCACCUCAGCUCUCCGCCAACAAAGCCGCAGUAGCAGCAGCAGCAGCGGCAGCUCCACCAGUUAGACCAAAGUGCCUUGACGUUCUCAAAGCAUGGCAAGGAAUGGUCUCCGGCAUGUUCUUCGUCUCCAGCGACAGCCUCGAGUCUCCAACAUCCACGUUAAAUUUCUCAGAAGCGGUCCCAGUGGUUGGAUUUCACCAUGAAAGUUCAAUGGCUAUCCCUCCUCCACUUCAGUUCCCGGCUUGCAAUAUUACAUGCAAAGGAGGGAUGAAUGAAGAUGUUUCGAACAGCGAAUACGAAUGGAAAUGCUUUGAGAAAUCAAAUCAAAUGGCACCACAAGUGAAAGAAACAUUGGAUGGAUCGAUUCCAGUGCAUGCAAUGAGUACGUACAGUACUGAGAAUGCAUGGGUUUUGGAUUCUUUUAGGGCGGCAGCAAAUGAGAAUGCAUCUAUAGUGAAUAUCGUGGAGGGACUUUCUGAUAUUAUACCAUAUAACUCCGGUGAGCAGAACUCGUCCAUGGCCGGAGAAAACACAGCUACUAUUGCAAGCUGCGGUGCAGGUGGUAAUCUUGAAGAUCUGCAGGGGAAUUACUGGAAUAGCUUAUUACUCAAUUUGGUGGAUCCUCCACCCUCUGGUUCACCUGUGUUUUGAUUAAUAAUUAUCAGAAAAAAGAAGAAAAAGAAAAGAAAAGAAAGGAAAAUGGUGAAUGUAGGAGUUGAUAGCGAAAUGGAGUAAUAAUUGUGCAUUUGAAUGUAUUAGGUAUGGCAUUAUCAUCACCUUCUGAAUAAAGUUGUUCUUUAGAUGUUAGCUCAA